AGAGAUCUGUCAAAAUUUCAUAAAAACAAAAAAAGAUGCUCGUUGCUCGUAUUUUUGUGGUGAUCGAAUUUUUCUCCUCAUAAUUCUCUUCUUCUCAUAAAACGGAAUCGGGUGUGAAAUCUUACCAGUUUCUACAAAGUGAAAAUAGUAAUUACGUCCGCUCAAAAAUUUGACGCGUAGAUCGCUACUGGAGCCGAGGAUUGGUGAAAAAUAUGUUGAAAAACAACCUGUGACGUCACAAGUACAAUCAGCUGAGGUGAUAAGGGUCGGGAGCCAUACUGCGGGAUCACAACAAACAUCAUGGGUGGCGCCGUGAGCUCGGGGCGGGACAACAAUGAGCUGAUCGACAACCUGAUGGGCAGCAAGUACAUCCGCUCGCGCAGCGUGGAGAUGGUGUUCCGCGCGCUGGACCGCGCCGACUACAUGCUGCCGGCGGAGCGCGACCGCGCCUACAAGGACCUGGCGUGGCGCAGCGGCGCGCUGCACAUGUCCGCGCCCUGCAUCUACAGUGAGGUGAUGGAAGGUCUAGAGCUGAAGCCGGGGCUGUCCUUCCUAAACAUUGGUUCCGGCACGGGCUACCUGAGCACUCUGGUGGGGCUCAUCAUCGGCUCCGGGGGCAUCAGCCACGGCGUCGAAAUCCACGGCAUGGUGGUGGACUACGCCAACAAGAGGCUCAAAGAGUUCUCAGAGAACUCCGUCAGUCUCGACGAGUUUGACUUCUGUGAACCAAAGUUCUUUUUAGGUAAUGGGCUAUGCCUGGCGCCGCUGCAGUCUCCGUACGACCGCGUGUACUGCGGCGCCGGCUGCCCCGAACAGUACCAGAACUACUUCAAACAACUCAUCAAGGUGGGCGGCAUCCUGGUGAUGCCCCUGAACGAAAACCUGCUGCAGGUGCGGCGCGUGUCGGCCACGGAGUGGACCACCAGGAACCUGCUGAACGUGUCGUUCGCCACGCUGCGGGUGCCCAGCGACGCCGAGAAGGGCGAGCACCUGCGCCUCGACGAGCAGACCCCCCCGAAGCUGCAGAUCCUGUCGCGCGCCGCGAUCCGGGCACAGAUGCGGCGCGCCGUGCUGAGCCGCCAGCCCGAGCUGCGCGCGCCACCCGCCCCAGACACGCCCGCCAAGAAGGCCGUGCCACGCAGGAUAUGCAUACCUAUUGAGGAUGACAGCGAUGUUGAUGGCCUGAAUGCACUACACGACCUGGACGGGCCGACGGGCGCGCAGGAGAUGAACGCACUGCUGAGCCUCGUGCUGAGCAUGGGGCAGAACCGCGUGGCCGGCGCACUGCGCUUCGACCCCUCCGACGACAACUCCGCCACCUCCAGCAGUGAGGACGACGACGACGAAGAAGAAGAAGAAGAAGAUGAUGAUGAUGACGACGGCGGCGACGCACCCGACGGCGCCGACGCGCCCGACCAGCGCCCGCAGAACCGCCGCAACCUCAUACAGACCUUCGAGAACAUCGAGGACAUGAACCGCGCCAUCCACCGCGUCAUCAACUCCGUGGAGCGCCCCAACGUGAACGGCGAGGCCGUGGAGCCGUCCACCCGCGGCCGCCUGUCUCUGACCCUCGAGUACAACACGCCCAACUCCGACGACACCACGAGCCAGGAGACCGUGGACCUCACGGCGGACUCGCCGCCGCCGCCGCGCCGCAAGCACAAGAAGCGCCGCUCGCACUCGCGCGCGCUGCCCGAGGAGGUCGAGAUCGACAUACAGAAGCAGAAGACCGAGACUGAGACUGAGACUGCGGAGCCGAGCACGUCCAGCCACUCGGAGGAGAUGGAACUGGACGCGCAGGCCAGCCCGGGCGCGGAGGCGGGGGGGGCGGGGGUCGCCAGCAGCGCGGCCGCACCCGGCAAGCGGCAGAAGCUGGACAGCGGGCUGGGCGAGGAGAACAGCCCGUCCUGCUCCUCCGCGCGCACCGACAGCAAGACCGACGAGGACGCCGCCAGCGAGCCCCGGUCGGACGGAUGCUACACCGAUGAUGUCGAUGAAAUGAGUCUUAACGCGCGUCGCCGGCUGCCGAAGCGCGGUCACUGCGAGCUUGAAGCGUGCUCGUCAUCCUCCGAGUCGGAGGGCGAGGCGCCGCCCGCGGCCGGGUUCCGCCACAAGCGCCCCGCCCGCCCCCCGCGCUCCGCCCGCCCCGCGCGCCCCCCCGGCCGCGACGCGCGCCGCGUGCGCCUCUCCAUCGUCAUGAAGCGCAGCGUGAAGGAGCUGCCGCUGCCCUAUGCGCUCAAGCGCUACGUCAACCUGCACCGCUGCUUCGAGUUCUAGGCCCCGAGACACGGUCGUAUACAGAAACAUACAUGGGCUCUUAUAUACAGUUACUUUAUGGAUAUUUUUCCGUAUUAAAGUAAGCGCUUAUAUACUGUUCCAGCUUUAUUUCUGUAUACGGCCGUACACAAGGACUGAGAUGGUAUUGGAGUGAUUUUGUUUUGUCUCCGCGAGUGUUUGUCGGCGAUGAUUUGCGCCCGGUUGCGAGAAGCAACUGGGUUUAAGUUGAGUCUGAAUUUAGUUAAGAAUGGAAGAGAUGGGGGCUGAUUGUUUUACUUAUUGGAAGAAUUAUUGGAUUUAACUUAUUGUAACAGUUUAAUACGUGUGUUUUCCAUGAGUGUUCAUGCUCAAUACGAGUGUGUAUUCUGGCACGUUUGUAGCUCCGGCACAGAAGUAAAUAAUGCGAUGUGCCAUGUGUUUAACUUGCCUGCUGUAGCGCCGCAGUAGCUCUGCGCACGGGACACAUUCAAUACUCUCUAUUCGUGUGUAAACAUUGUGUUGUAUAUAUUUUGUGCUUUGUUAUUUUUGCGUCGGCGGUUCGUUUUCAAGUCAGUGGCGAUUAUUUUAAGUCAGCGGAACUUUUUGUCUUGUAAAUAUGUCUUGUUAAUUAGUUUGUUUCAUUGUAACCAUUUUUUUAUAUUUAAGAGAUGAUUUCGAUUUUUAUACCGUACCUACUAAAUGAAUUAUGUUUAUUUGUAAUAUAGAGUCGAGAUUUUUCAUAUUCGAGGUGUAAGUGGAGUAUCGAAAGCUUUAAUUUUAAAAAAUAAAAUUUUAUCUUUUAUAAUGUUACGGUUAUUUUAUGUUUCUAUCAAUAUGUAUAAUAUUGUCGUCUAGAUGUUACAUUUAAUGAAUGUUACAAUUUACAGUCUUCUAAAUAAAUAGUUUAUUUCUCGUCUAUGGUAGCCGUACUGGUAGCAUUUCGCUUUCAAACUGUUUUUAUUAGCGAUGUUUUACUAAAUUAAUGUCCAUAAGUUUUGACUAUUAUAUGAAUGGAUUAAUUACAUGUAUGUUUCGCUAAGCGAGCUCCUGUAACUAUGUGUCUAUAUGGUAAUUAAGAUUAACUAUCUGUUAGGUAGGUACUUAAUGUUGAUCAGAGCUGGUAGGUGCCUAGUGUCACAGUUCACACAUCUACUUGAGAAUACCUUCCCUGCGGCACCCACCUACUACUUCCUAAUAUCUGAAUAUAGAUAUUAUACAAUGUAUUUGAACAAACAUUACCAAUCUCUCGAAUUGCACUUGCCUUGGACAUUUUUACUGGGGCGGGAAAAAGGGGAGGAAAUAUAUUCUAAUUGUGUGUAAGAAAGAGAAAGUGCUAUGUCUAAUACUAGUGUAGCUCGCGAGUGUGGCAUCGCCCCAGGGCUGCGGCCAAGCAACGAGUGCGUGUAAAUAAUAUGACUAUGUUUAUUUUAGAAGGAUUGAGUUGUGGCAGCCCUGCGGGUGAUACCGUAAGAUUUCGUGUAAAUGAUUUGUUAUGUAGAAAUUCAUCUCAAUAAAUAGUCAUUUUCAAUUUUAA